ACAUAAGUUAGUUAAAUAAUAAAUAGGUGUUAUGACUGAAAUCCCAUUGAUGUGUAAUACUUUUGUAUCAAGUAAAUGUAUGCCUAGAGUUACGAGUAUAUUAUACAAACGAAAAAUAAAAUUUAUCCUGGUUGAAAAUAAUAUAUUUGAGGGUUGAUUUUCAUUGAUUUUAUUGCAGUUUACUUUGGUUUGACCUUACAUAAUUUUAAUAUUAUAUCGUUCCAUAUACGAUUUCUAAAAACCGGUAAAUAUUGUGACGUUAAAAAACCGGUUUGUGAUAAAAAAAAACAUCAAGCUCUAGUUACAAAGUACUCUGUGCUCUAGGCUUAGACUGUUCUCUAUGGUUCCCUAUAAAAUAAGUUUUUAUGGUUAAUCAUCUGUGGUGAAUGUCAAUUUGACAUUUUCAUUUUCUGUAUUUGCUUUCCUUUUGUCUAUGGUAUUGUUGUUGAAAAUAAAUUGUUUUUACAAGUUUUUACUUCUUAUUUAGCUCUGAAUAAAUGAAUAAAUAAAGAAAAUUAAGUAUAAAAUGUAGUCUCAAGUGUGAAACCUACAUUAUAACAAUAAUUCAAAGCUAUUAUAACAUUGGAUUACAAAAAAAAAACAAAACAUCCUACCGGUAACCUCCUCAACAAAAAUGAGCGAAACAUCUUGCUAUAUUCUGGACAAUGGGGCUUACUCAGCUAAAGUAGGCUUCUCUAACGCCGAACCGAAGAUCGUACCCAACUGUAUAAUGAAAGCGAAGUCUGAAAGACGUCGUCCUUUCAUCGGAUCUCAAAUCGACGAAUGCAGAGACGCGUCAGGCCUUUUCUACAUCUUACCUUUCCAAAAGGGUUUCCUAACCAAUUGGGACACUCAAAAAACCAUAUGGGACUUCAUAUUUAGCAAGGAGUGCUGCCCAGUUAACUUUAGUGAGACUCCUUUGAUUGUUACUGAGCCAAUUUUUAAUUUUUCUUCCAUACAAGAGGCUAUGACUGAAAUUUUCUUUGAAGAGUAUGAAUGCCAAACGUUAUUACGGAUAAAUGCUACGGAUUUAGCGGAAUACCAUUAUAGGAAGACACAUAAUAAUGAUUGUACUGUAGUUGUUGAUUCUGGGUACAGUUUUACUUAUAUUGUUCCUUAUAUCAAAGGCAAGAAGUAUAAAAAAGGCAUCCGCCGCAUAGAUGUAGGAGGCAAAGUUUUAACGAAUCACUUGAAAGAGAUUCUGUCUUAUAGACAAUUGAAUGUGAUGGAAGAGAGUUACGUGAUAAACCAAGUAAAGGAGGACUCGUGUUUCGUGUCACAGGAUUUCAUGGCAGAUAUGGAGAUUGCUAGACAGAAAGGAACAACCAACACAAUAGUAAAAGACUACGUCCUGCCAGACUACACAACCCUCAGACGAGGGUAUCUCCGUGACAUUGUCAAACCUGACGAGGACUUGGAACAGCAAACUCUACGCCUCAACAACGAGAGAUUCACCAUACCAGAACUUCUAUUCCGACCAUCAGACGUUGGAAUUCCACAAAUGGGUAUUCCAGAAGCCAUAAUGAAUAGUAUAGAAGCGUGUCCCGAAGAAAAUAUGGAAGGAUUGCUUGAGAAUAUAGUUUUGUAUGGAGGGAAUACAUUGUUUAAAGGAUUCCGUGAUAGGGUUUAUAACGAGGUUAGAUCGUUUGCGUUGGAUCAUUUUGAUGUUACAGUGACUUUGGGGGAUAAUCCAGUGACGUAUGCUUGGGAGGGAGGUAGAAUGUUGUUCCGUGAUCCCGAUUUCUAUUCGUUCUGUAUGACACGGGAAGAGUACGAGGAAGAGGGGCGCUCUCUGGCGUUUGAAAGGUUCGAUAUAUAACGGCGGGAGCGAGCCAGGCGGCCCGAAUAGGCUGCUGGCUCGAUUAGGAACCAAGGCGUUAUAUUUUCUAUAAUCUAUGACAUCGGGUUGUCAUAUAGUCUACUAGCCGAUGCCCGCGACUUCGCCCGCGUGGAUUUUGGUUUUUCGAAAUCCCGUAGUAACUCUUUGAUUUUCCGGGAUAAAAAGUAGCCUAUGUGCUAAUCCAAGAUAUUAUCUAUCUCCAUUCCAAAUUUCAGCCAAAUCCGUCCAGUAGUUUUUGCGUGAAGGAGUAACAAACAUACACACACACACACACACAUACAAACUUUCGCCUUUAUAAUAUUAGUGUGAAGUGUGAUGUGACAUGUGGGAUGUUGUAUACUCCAUGACAGGGAUGACAUUAAUUUUUUUAAAUCCUCCUCAAUAAAAUAAUAUGACA